CGUCCUACACGCCUUGAGCAAUUCAUGUCGGAACUACCUUCCGCACGAAUCACAGUUUCACGGCCAUUCUCGACUACUGGUAUAGACUACUGGGGACCAAUCUUCGUUCAGUCAACACAACGACGAUCAACGCCACGGAAAGCAUUUGUUGCAGUAUUCGUCUGCUUUUGUACAAAAGCCGUCCACCUCGAACUAGUUGUCGACCUUACUACAGCCAAAUUCCUCCAAGCUUUUCGGCGGUUUGUCUCCCGGCGAGGGCUGUGCUCUGAUAUCUACAGCGAUAAUGGACGAAACUUUGUGGGAGCGGCUAACGAAUUACGUCAACUGAUAAGGAGCAAAGAUCAUCGCGAGCAAGUUGGAAAAGAAUGUGCGCACUACAACAUCCGAUGGCACUUCAAUCCUCCCAAGGCAUCCCACUUUGGUGGCCUCUGGGAAGCUGCAAUCCAAUCAGCGCAGAAGCAUUUUGUCCGAACCUUGGGAAAACAAACCCUGGCUUAUGACGACAUGGAGACAUUAUUAUCCCAGAUCGAAUGCUGCCUUAAUUCGAGACCACUCGUACCUCUCAGCGACGACCCCACGGAUCUAGAACCACUCACUCCCGGACACUUUCUGGUGGGUUCUGCUCUUAAAGCUGUACCUGAUGUGGAUGUCACGGAGAUUCCUUUCAACCGUUUGAAGAAGUGGCAGCAGACACAGAAGCUCGUUCAACAAAUUUGGAAUCGAUGGAAUAGAGAGUAUCUCAUCACUCUGCAGCCGCGAUCGAAAUGGUGCAACCCUCCGGUGGAGCUUAAAAGGGACCAGCUCGUAGUGUUGAUGGAUGAAAAUCUUCCCCCUAUGUGCUGGCCGAUGGCUAGAAUUGACGAUUUGCAUCCAGGACCAGACGGAGUGGUGCGCGUUGUUACCGUAAGAACCUCAACCGGCCGAUAUACACGCCCAGUUGCAAAAAUAUGUCUGCUGCCCAUUCAAUCUGGUGUUCCAAAACAAGCACCACAAACAAAUAAUAACACAGCUGCACCGAUUCAUCCUUCUACCGCCCAGUAAUUCUCCAGCCUGGAUUCCAUACGCUGACCUAAAACGAAAAUACAAGGCCCUAAUUAGAUAGGGACUAGGUUCUACAAGAAUGCCCUCCACGUUCAUUUCAACUUCAACUGCAUCGAAGUAAACAGUCAUCGAGUCAUCAUCAUCGAUACGUCAAAUGCUUCUUUUCCUUUUCCUCGUCCACGGUUGUCAUCGUCAACAAUCAUCACCAGAAAUAGGAUUUCUGGAGGGGCCAGUGUGUUCGAGCAUAUCCGAUCAAAUGUAGCUACACCACAAACUACCCAAAAAAUUGCCAGCCUACUACUGAUAAUCAUCGUCAUCGAGAGAAUGUUCCACCACAUAGGCUCAUCAGAAUGCACUGAACUGCAAUUCGGCAACCAUUAUUUUCCAUCGUCAAUCAUCAUGGCGUUCAUCGAUGGUCAUUAUAAAAGCCGAAUGAAGACGUCAUCGCAUUCUCUUUUGUACCAAGUUUUCGCGCCGUGAAGAGUGGAGUUCGGUAUACCAGCGUUCAUUGCUGUACGCCAUACUGGUAAUCAGGCGAACUAUCAUCAAAUUUGAAUUUGCAAAGUGGGUUUAUAUUAGUAAAAUUAUCAAUUGAAAUAAAGUUAAUUAAUGUUAAAGUUAAGAAAAGUUAAAGUAAAAUGGACUUAAUAAACAAUAAGAUAAUCAAUUAGUGUAAUUAGUGAGCACAAUAAAGAAACAAUAAGAACUUA